AUGCGUGUGAGCAAAAAGUUCCAGGCAGUGGUUUGUCAUAUACUUCGGCUGCGCCUGAUACAAGCCCCUCAAAGACUUGCCGAGCUCAAGCCGCUGCUGGAAUGUGGUCAACCAAGUACCAUGCCACUGAACUUUUAUUGCACUUAUAGAGAGACGGAAGGCCUGGAGAAGAAUGCCGCCGAAGACUGGCGGUUGAUGGAGGCGUACACCGUCUUUGUACCGCAGCCGAAACAAGCAGUUGCAAAUUCGAAGGAGUCUUGUAUGGGAAAACCCAAGAGAGGAAAGCUGGUCAGCUUGUCUACCAUUGAGUCAUUUGGCCAGUUCACAGUAACUUUGAAGCUCCCCUGGAUGUCUGGGCAGCUUAUGAGCAGCCUGCACAAUGUAAUUUGUGGCAAGACGGUACGUCUGCAAAGACGGUGGUUGGAGGCGAGUCGUUCAGCCACCUUUUGGCUCGACGAUGCAGAAAACGUCGGUGUCCAUCUCCAUGCUCAUGAGCUCAGGAACCGUGAUUUGGACGAAGUUGGAGACAUGGACGAGAACUACUGGGAAGUUGAUGUCAAAGGUGAGAUGAACGUUCGUCUUUCGAAUCGGAGCUGGUAA